AUGACUGAGCAAUGCGACCUUACUGGCAGUGAAGAGUACUUCUACGAUACAGCUGAAGGUCCUGAAGAUGAUUAUGAUAGCCUCUGGACAACUGCUUCCACUUUCAUCAUUCUUUUCUUCAUUAGUCUGUUCUACAGCAUUGGAGCCACUAUUUUCAAGAUAAAAUCCAGUCUACCUCUUUCUCUCUCUCUCUUCUGUUCACCUCAUUUGGAAGUUGAGACAUCAUGCAUAAUCUUCCGAUUUUAUGCCUCUGUAGGUGGUGCGGUGCUUCCUAAUUAUCCCACGCAUAGUGCCAAUGUGAAACAGCCCCUCAGUUUUUCACAAUUGUACGAUGAAAUGUUCACUGUACAACUGUUUUUUCUUUUCUUUUCAGCUACUAGACCAAUAGUUCCUUCAGAAAUAUUCCUGUACACUCCACCUUGUAAUGAAAUGUCACAGUUAAACAAAACAAUACUUGCAUGCAUGGUUUUAAAUUACCAAAAAGGCACCGAUAUUAAAUGGAAUUCAAUGAAUCUGACUUCAUCUUCCAAAUUGGAAAUGAAAGACACCAAAAUUGAAGCAACAUCCGUCCUUUGGAGCCAAAUUGAAAUUCUCCAUGAAGAUUGGCUGAAAAACAAGUACUCAUGCAAUGUGUCCCAUGCAUCAUUAAAGCAACCAGUCAUGAAGGAAACAAGCUUUUGUUCAGCUUGUUACAGUCAGGAGCCCACCAUUAUGAUAAAAGGUCCUUUCAGAAACAAGUCUGCCAAGUCUGACGUACAUUUCAAAUGCAUUAUAAAUGGUACUUACACUGGCAAUGUGUCUUGGAAACUCAAUGAAAAUGAUAUUUCCAGUCACAAAAAUGAGACAACUUUCAGUGGCAUUGUUAGCCAUCUGAUGCUGCCUGAUCUUAAAUGGGAAACAGCAAAAGUAAUCAACUGCUCGAUAACUGAUAUAUGUUUAUCGAGGAAAUACAGCCCAACUGGCAUUGAAGCUUCUUUAACAAUUAGGGACCCAAGUGUCACUCUCACAGUCAAACCUAACCAAACACAGACCGUUCUUCAAUGUAAAGCUUCUGGUUUCAAAACCAAGGAAAUCACAUUUAAAUGCUUUAAGGAUGGUGAGAGUCAAGAAUAUGGAAAAAAAGCAAAUCUAUCUAAAAUAGAAGAAGAAGAAGAUGGCCUGUUUUCACAGACUGUUGAAUUCUAUAACGUUAGCACUGAGUGGAAUAAAGGAGUGUUCUUGCUAUGUCAAGCAAACGAUACCAGGAGCAGCAAAAUCAGUAAAUGCACAGAUGACACCAGACAAAAGGUGAAGCCAGUGGUAUACCUUGAUGGUCCAAACUUUGAGGAGCCAGCAAACAAGUUAACUGCAACCUGUUUAGUUGUCGGUCCCAACUUAGAUGGUGUAGACAUUUCAUGGAAGGUGGGUUCUCCUAAUCCCACCCCACAAACUGAAAAUCCAAAAGAUAAUGGUAAUGGCACACAAACUGUUUGGAGCAAAUUGAAUAUUUCAGAGGACUGGAAGCAGGGCCAUGAAAUUGUCUGUCAAGUGAAAGAUGCGUGUGGUUUGCAUGAAACCAAGACAAUUAAAAAAGUAUCCAACAUAAGUACACCAAUAGUGAAAAUUAUGAGGCCUCCUGAAUAUGACCUGACUGAGGGCAAAGCCAAUUUGAUCUGUAUAAUUACAGAUUUUUUCCCCAGCGAUAUUAGUGUCAAAUGGUUGAAGAACCAAAAAAAUGUUUCCAGUACACAGUUUAUCAAUGAUUGUCCUGUCCUGAAUGGAAACGUCUUUUCAAUGGUCAGUAGGAUCAACAUCACUGAAGAGGAUUGGAAGAGCGGAGCAUCAUUCACUUGUAUGGUCAAGCACUAUUUUUCAGAUAAAUGGCAGAAAGUUGCUUCUCCUUCAAAUCUUUUUGCAUCUUUCAAAAAUGUGGAUCCAAAAAUUAUUCUUGUAACUUCCAAAAGUGAAGGUACUUCAAAUGAAAGAAGACUCCUGUGCAUGAUCUCUGAAUUUAGCCCCAAAGAGUUGAGCAUCAAGUGGUAUAAAGACAACAAGACUGUAGAUAAGGGGGUGACGACCUUGAAGCCAGCAAUGAGUCAAGAUGGGCUCUUCAGUCAGACUAGCCAGCUUAUAGCUAACGACACUGAAUGGAAGAUGGGACACAAGUACAAGUGUGAAGCAGAAAGGAAAUCUGGGACACCCGUGAGUCAGAGCAUCGAUAAAUGCACAGAUGACACCAGACAAAAGGUGAAGCCAGUGGUAUACCUUGAUGGUCCAAACUUUGAGGAACCACCAAACAAGUUAACUGUAACCUGUUUAGUUGUCGGUCCCAACUUAGAAGAUGUAGUCAUUUCAUGGAAGGUGGGUUCUCCUAAUCACACCCCACAAACUGAAAAACCAAAAGAUAAUGGUAAUGGCACACAAACUGUUUGGAGCAAAUGGGAUAUUUCAGAGGACUGGAAGCAGGGCAAUGAAAUUGUGUGUCAAGUGAUAGAUGCGUGUGGUUUGCAAGAAACCAAGACAAUUAAAAAAGUAUCCAACAUAAGUGCACCAAUACUGAAAAUCAUGAGGCCUCCUGAAUAUGAUCUGACUGAUCAUGCUCAUUUGAUCUGCAUAAUCACAAAUUUUUUCCCCAGCGAUAUUAGUGUCAAAUGGUUGAAGAACCAAAAAAAUGUUUCCAGUACACAGUUUAUCAAUGAUUGUCCUGUCCUGAAUGGAAACGUCUUUUCAAUGGUCAGUAGAAUCAACAUCACUGAAGAGGAUUGGAAGAGCGGAGCAACAUUCACUUGUAUGGUCAAUCACUAUUUUUCAGAUGUUUGGCAGAAAGUUGCUUCUCCUUCAAAUCUUUUUGCAUCUUUCAAAAAUGUGGAUCCAAAAAUUAAUCUUGUAACUUCCAAAAGUGAAAGUACUUCAAAUGAAAGAAGACUCCUGUGCAUGAUCUCUGAAUUUAGCCCCAAAGAGUUGAGCAUCAAGUGGUAUAAAGACGACCAGACUGAAGAUAAGAGGGUGACGACCUUGAAGCCAACAAUGAGUCAAGAUGGGCUCUUCAGUCAGACUAGCCAGCUUAUAGCUAACGACACUGAAUGGAAGAUGGGACUCAAGUACAAGUGUGAAGCAAAAGGGAAAUCUGGGAAACCCGUGAGUCAGAGCAUCGAUAAAUGCACAGAUUUAAGAAACUCAUCUCUGAACACUGUGGUUUACCUUCUUCGGCCUUCAGUUGAAGAUGAUUUCCAUAACAAAAGCUUAAAUGCAACUUGUAUGAUAAUUGGCCCUGACCUGGGAGGUAUCACUGUUACCUGGAAGGUUGGCAACAUAGAACAAAAGGAAAACACAAAGACAUCACACACUUUUAAGAAUGGUAAAGACGUCAUCACAUCCAUGCUGGAAAAGAUUGAGGAUGCCUGGAAGAACUUUGAAACAAUUAUCUGUGAAGUUAAACUCCCAUGUAAUGAGAAACAAAUACAUAAAGUGAGCAAAGUUAAAGCUCCCAAGAAGCCAAGGAUUACAAUUUUUGAGCCUUCAGAGGCAGAACUGUCCCGCUCCAGUCAUGUUAAUUUAGUUUGCUUAAUUAACGGUUUUAACCCACCUGAUAUCUUUGUUCAAUGGAAAUGGAAAAAUGUAUUAAUCAGUUCCAGCAAUUACUCCAACAGUGAGGUUACUGCUGGUAAGAAUAUUGAUGGAAAUGUGACAUACACCAUGUACAGCAAACUUCAAGUUGAGAAAACACAUUCGGAUGUGGACUCCUAUUCUUGCAUAGCAGGACACGAGUCGGAGAAAGAGCUGAUUUCUGAAACUAUAACAAAUGUCUUUAAACCUAUCAUCCCAACUCGUCCUCGAGCUGUUAUAUUUCAGUCUGAGAAAGAGCUCAUAUGCUUGGUUUAUGGCUUCAGCCCAAAAGAUAUUCAAGUUAAAUGGAGUUUAAAGAAAGACGACAGCCUCAAUUAUACCACAGAGCAUCCAUCAAAAGGAAAAGAUGGAAAAUUCACCACUAACUCUAGAAUCCAAUUCUCGGAGAAUGAAUGGCUUCCUGGUAUGGUUUAUACUUGCUCAGUGGUCCAUAACUCCACAAAUACAAACCUCUCAGUGAAUAUAUCUAAACAAGAAAUUGUGAAAGAGGAAUACUUCUAUGAUGAAAGUACCACUUAUAUUGUUCCUGAAGAUGAUUUACAAGGAAUCUGGAACACUGCAUGUACAUUUAUAAUACUGUUCCUUGUUUCUUUUCUCUACAGUGCAUUUGUCACAGUUAUAAAGAUCAGUAAAUGAAGGCCUCCGUAGGAAAUAAACACAAAGGGAAAAUAAUCUAGGAUUAUAAUAGUGAACUGAAAAUGGAAGAUAAUUUUCAAAUGAAAUUGAACACAAGCUUUGCAUGCAGAGUGCAAAAAAAAAAACCAUGAAAAACGUGCAAAAUGCAUGCAAAUAUUGGACUUGGUAGGCUUUUCCUACUCAGUUAUAUUUUUAUUCAGGCGGGAGAACAUAGAGACGUUUUUAAUGUUGAAUGGUUCAUUUAUUAUUAUAUCCUUGUCAAAUCAUAAUUCAUAGUCAUACAUUAAUAGUUAUCUAUUUGUAUAUAAAAUAUUGAAAAAAGCAUACAUCCAGUAUGAUAUUUACAAGCUGUAAAUGUGUGUAAUCCCAUUUUCUUUAUUAAGUGUUCUAGCUUUGUAUUUUUUCAAAAUUUAGUCCAGAUGCUCUGUGAUAAUAUUUUGUGCAUUGUAAAGCAGGUUUAAAAAUAUUAUCUGAUUGAUUUCAGCUAUUAGUGUGGAUUGCAAAAAGUUAUCUUUUGUAAUCUGUAACUUUAAUUAAAGGUUUUGUGCGU